CAAGGCCUAAAGCAUGGUAGUUCGUGGAGUGUAUGGAGGGUGGCGCUACUUCUCAAAUCCACCACCCGUUUGCACGGAAAUCUGCGCUUGAAACUCUACUCUGUGGCGCAUUGCUGGAUGUCUUUCAGCAUCUUCAGAACACAGUAGCUAGCCUGUUAGCUAGAGCUUCCAAAGAUAUGAGCCGCAAAAGAAACCACCGUUUUACCGAAACAAGCCUUUCUCCCGACCCUCAAAACGCAUUCAUGGACACGCCGGUGUCUGCAGCGCGACCCGAUGAAGAUGUAUUAGAAUUCGAGCCCGACGAGGAGCUACUCUGCUCGGUGAGCGACAUCACCGAACACCUUGGGAGAAACAUAACAGUGGUGCUCGAGACGGCGUUGUCCGAAAUCAGGAAAAUGGUCAGCGUCAGGAUACGGGUUCUGAAAAUGGAGCUUCGGGAGAAAACGGACGAAAUCGAAGUCUUAAAAACGAGACUAGAGGUGCAAAUAGACGGUAGGGACCCGUAUCCUGGAGGAAUGACCACCGAGGUUUCAUCUGUAUUCAGGAAAGCAGACUUCCAUUCAGGCAGCAAACACAACAACGACCACAAGAAAGCCAAACCAGCCAUACCUGGCGUGAAGAAAGAAAACAUCAAUGCCAUUUGCGACUAUCUGAUGAAAGAUAAGAAUUCACGGGGUGCUGAAACGGACAGUGACCCGAGCAAUCCUUCGUCUGGUAGCGACAGGGACAGCCGCCACGACCCCCAGCCGCACUCCCUCAACCACCUGUGGUCGGACAGUGUCAUCCCUGACGCGGGGCAUGGGGACGGGGAAUCGGACUCCGCCACGGAUGACAUAUUUGACAUGUCGCUACCGUCAGGAAGCAAGCGGAUCCACGACUAUGAGUGGAUGACUGGGGUGGAGUACACGUCGGAUUUGAAAGGUAUGAGGGAGCCUAAAUCGGAGAGUGCCAAAACACCAGGUGAGGAAGAUGAUGAAGAGGGUGACGAGUCAAAAGAAGAAAGGAAUGAUGGAUUGGAGCAUCUCCCAGCCCCUCUCUCCCAUGACACAAACAGCCCCAACUUUCCCCUGAACCCUCAAGGCUCUCCAGGAGGGGAGGGGGACAGUUCUUUGGAGGCCCAUGUGGAUCGACUAGAACCGGGUCAGCAGUUUACCUCCCACACAUACCUCUGCCCACUGUGUGGAACCUUCUGCCCCGACUCCUUGUUCCUAGAGGAGCACCUCAAACUGAUACACGGCGACACCACCGGCACCCACAGCGCCCUGCAGUCCACCUCCGUUGCUCCCCUCACUCUGGGAGAGGGUAGCAGUGACUCCAAGCGGGGGUUGGCGGGGCUUGAAGGAGGGAGCAUUCCGGCUGGAGCUAGGGGGAUGGGCCUAGCAAGCGGGGGAGGAGGAGUGACGAGGGAGAAGAAAGUGGAAGGGGGUUACGAGUGUGGAGAUUGCGGCCGCCAUUUCAACUACCUGGGCAACCUGCGGCAGCACCAGCGCAUUCACACGGGGGAGAAGCCCUUCAUAUGCCCAGAGUGUGGGGAGAAGUUCCGGCACGCUGCCCGAUUGAAGAGUCACCGGCUGGGGCACAACGGAGGCCAGAGCCCCUUCCCCUGCCCCCAGUGUGGGAAGGGCUUCCCGGUGCUCUCCGGCUUAAAGAGACACCAGCGGGUGCAUACGGGGGAGAGUCCCUACGCGUGCCAGCAGUGUGGGCGCCGCUUCAAAGAGCUGGGUAACCUGUACACCCACCAGAGGAUUCACAGUGGUGCCACGCCCUACUGCUGCCAGCAGUGUGGGAGGAGCUUCCGACACCUGGGCACCUACAAGAGCCACCGCUGCACCCCCACACAGUGACAGUGACAAUCUACGCCUUUACCUUGAAGCUAGACUGGCUAACUGCUAAGUCUAGCCUAGCCAUCACAGGAGCCUAUUGAUAUGCUGUUAACUGAGGCAGGAACAUUGUCUGAGUCUAAAGACAAGCCUCAUAUGGACUUAAAAGGGAGGGAGACAGUGCCAUGAUGAAGAAGAGGUCAAAGGGCAUCCUGAUGAAAGCCAUGGCCUCGUUCAAAUAGUACAAAACACAUAAUUCCCUCUUCGGCUCCCUUCCUUGAAGUAAUCACUCAUCUAAUAAUAAUAAUACUUUUAAUUUAUAUAGCGCUUUUCAUUACAAACAAGGAUCUUCAAGUUGCUUUGAAAACAAAUGUAGGGAUCUGGCAGUUCCUGUUUGAUCUUCCACAGCUUCAGAUGUCUAGGCAGUUCAGAAAGGCAACCGGUAGCAGUAGUGUCGAUGAUACAGACAGAGAGAAACGUCAGUCAGAUACUGGUAGACAGGCCCAGAGCUCUUCAUCAGAGAGGGAGAAACGUCAGUCAGAUACUGGUAGACAGGCCCAGAGCUCUUCAUCAGAGAGGGAGACACGUCAGUCAGAUACUGGUAGACAGGCCCAGAGCUCUUCAUCAGAGAGUCAGGGAGAAUCAUCAGUCAGAUACUGGUAGACAGGCCCAGAGCUCUUCAUCAGAAAGGGAGAAUCAUCAGUCAGAUACUGGUAGACAGGCCCAGAGCUCUUCAUCAGAGAGGGAGAAACGUCAGUCAGAUACUGGUAGACAGGCCCAGAGCUCUUCAUCAGAAAGGGAGAAUCAUCAGUCAGAUAUUGGUAGACAGGCCCAGAGCUCUUCAUCAGAGGAGGAGAAACGUCAGUCAGAUACUGGUAGACAAGCCCAGAGCUCUUCAUCGAUCAAUCAAAUGUAUUUAUAAAGCCCUUUUUACAUCAGCAAAUGUCACAAAGUGCUUAUACAGAAACCCAGCCUAAAACCCCAAACAGCAUGCAAUGCAGAUGUAGAAGCAGGGUGGCUAGGAAAAACUCCCUAGAAAGUCAGGAACCUAGAGAGGAACCAGGCUCUUCUGGCUGUGCCGGUUGGAGAUUAUAAGAGUACAUGGCCAUUAAGACAAGAUCGUUCUUCAAGAUGUUCAAUCGUUCAUAGAUGACCAGCAGGGUCAAAUAAUAAUCACAGUGGUUAUAGAGGGUGCAACAGAUCAGCACCUCGGGAGUAAAUGCCAGUUGGCUUUUCAUAGCCGAGCAUUCAGAGUAAGAGACAGCAGGUGCGAGAGAGGGAGUCAAAACAGCACGUCCGGGACAAGGUAGCACGUCCGGUGAAUUCGUCAACAGCUGAAACUGGAUCAGCAGCACGACUAGGUGGCCUAGGGACGGGAACAGCCAGGAGUCGUCAGCCCAGGUAGUCCUGAGGCAUGGUGCUAGGGAUCAGGUCCUCUGUGAGGGGAGAGAGAGAAAGAGGCACGUCGUCUCCUCUGUAAAUAGCUAGGCUGGAUCAUCCACUGUCAAAGUGUAACACCCACCUGGGUGAUGCUUCGGCGGCUAUAAAAGCACCAGAAAAGACCAACUCACCUCAACAAUAGUCUGGAACAGAGGUGAGUUUCUGCCAUUCCCUCACACCGCAGUCCACAUUAAUAUUUACAGAGCUCUCUGCCUAGGCGACCUCACGGCCCCAUGGCAACCCCGGAACUCUGACAUGUCAGGUCUGUGAUUACUUCGAGGAAGGAAGAAUGCAUUUUAGUAGUAUAGCCUUUUGGGAAGAGGACGCACACUAACAGAACAGUGUGACUGCUGCCACCAUGUGGACGUUCUAUGUUACUGCACAAAUGAAGCUUCAUGGUGACUCUGUCGAGGGCUGACUCACUUACCUAACCAAUGACUUCUGUCCAGAGCAGAUGAGUUGGCAUUUUAUAAUUUGUAAUAACUAUGCUGUAACCUGUAUUACUGACAUUAUAUUCUUUACACGUUGUUGGUACGUCCACCUGCAUGAUGAUGACAUGUCAUAAGUUUUUGUGAACUGAUAUCUGUAAUCUACCCCUUUCAAAUGAACCCCUCGGUUAACAGGCUAGUUAUCUACAGAGGUUCAGAAAAACGUUCAUUUCAAGGGCAAAGAUAUACCAGUAAAUAAUGACCCCUCUUUUCUCUAUUCACUCUAGUUGUUUAGCUAAAAGCAGUCAGGUGUUUAGAGAGCAGGGACAUGGAGGUUUCUGCAUUAUCAUGCAUUUACAAGACACUACCACAGUCAUGUAAGCACACCGUUAACAUAACAUGGGGAAUAUUUCAAUAAUGCUAUGCAAAGAACAAUAUUAAACAUUCUAAAAGUUGUCUUA